AUGUUCAACAAAAAUCUUGUGAUUUUCCUAUUCAUUUUAAAAUUAGUCAAUUGCAAUGCCCCUUGUAUGACACCACCAGUAAGUUUAAUUUGAAAAUCGAACUCAAAAAUAAUAUUUUCGAUUUCAGGAUUUCUGUACGAAAAAUCCGAUCAGAAGAGAUGUAAUUGAUUGUAUGAGAGAUUGGCAAUGUCGAGAAGGAUAUGUUUGUUAUUUUGGAGCUUGUCAUAAUAUAAAUGAUGAAAUGCAUCCAUUUCGAGCUCAAUCAAUUCGAACAUAUUUUCCAGACGAAGAAGCAACUGAAGAUAAUGAACGAUUUGAGCACAUGUUGUCGACAGAAUGGUGA